GGCCAGCACAGGGGCCGGCACCAGGGGGUAAUCGAAGUAGCUGUCACGAUGGUGGCGUCCCUGGUGUUGAAGAGAAGAGCUCUGGCGCCGCGGCUCCUCCUCCAGCUGCUUAGGUCCUCAUUGCUCCGGAGCCAUGGAGGUCACUCCGGCCGGAGCGUGACCACCGGGGGCCGCGGGGAGCCGCAGUGGCUGAGAGCAGCCGUCGGAGGGCGCCCUGGAACAUCGCCGGCCUUGCUCACCCGAGGAGGGACAGCCACCGGGGGGCGCCAGGGAGGACGCACCGAGACCCAGUGCCUCGCAGCCGCCACCUGGGGACGCCUUCCUAACCCCGAAGAAACACUCCCAGGACAGGACAGCUGGAACGGAGUCCUCAACAGAGCCGGACUGGGCAUAUGGGCCCUGGCCACGGCGCUGGUGGUUCACUGUUACAGCAAGAGCCCGUCCAACAAGGAUGCAGCCCUGAUGGAAGCUGCUCGCACCAACAAUGUCCAGGAAGUCCGCAGGCUCUUGUCAGAAGGUGCAGAUGUCAAUGCAAGGCACAAACUUGGCUGGACAGCACUCAUGGUGGCGGCCAUCAGCCGAAAUGACAGUGUGGUGCAGGUCCUGCUUGCUGCAGGUGCUGACCCAAACCUUGGGGACGAUUUCAGCAGUGUUUACAAGACUGCCAAGGAGCAAGGAAUCCAUUCUUUGGAAGAUGGGGGACAGGACGGUGCAAGCUGGCGCGUCACAAACCAGUGGACAAGUGCCCUGGAGUUCAGGAGAUGGCUAGGAGUCCCCACUGGCAUCCUAAUCACCCGAGAGGAUGACUUCAACAACCGGCUGAACAACCGCGCCAGCUUCAAGGGCUGCACAGCCCUGCACUACGCUGUCCUUGCCGAUGACUACCGCACCGUCAAGGAGCUGCUUGAUGGAGGAGCCAACCCCCUGCAGAGGAAUGAAAUGGGACACACACCCUUGGAUUAUGCCCGAGAAGGGGAGGUGAUGAAGCUUCUAAGGACUUCUGAGGCCAAGUACCAGGAGAAGCAGCGCAAGCGGGAGGCCGAGGAGCGGCGCCGCUUUCCCCUGGAGCAGCGGCUGAAGGAGCACAUCAUUGGCCAGGAGAGUGCCAUCGCCACGGUGGGUGCUGCGAUCCGGAGGAAGGAGAACGGCUGGUACGAUGAAGAACACCCUCUGGUCUUCCUCUUCUUGGGAUCAUCUGGAAUAGGAAAAACAGAGCUGGCCAAGCAGACAGCCAAAUAUAUGCACAAAGACGCCAAAAAGGGCUUCAUCAGGCUGGACAUGUCUGAGUUCCAGGAGCGGCAUGAGGUGGCCAAGUUUAUUGGUUCCCCACCAGGCUACAUCGGUCAUGAGGAAGGUGGCCAGCUGACCAAGAAGCUAAAGCAGUGCCCCAACGCCGUCGUGCUCUUUGAUGAGGUGGACAAGGCCCAUCCAGAUGUGCUCACCAUCAUGCUGCAACUGUUUGAUGAGGGCCGGCUGACUGAUGGAAAGGGGAAGACCAUCGACUGCAAGGAUGCCAUCUUCAUCAUGACCUCCAACGUGGCCAGCGAUGAGAUCGCACAGCAUGCACUGCAGCUGAGGCAGGAAGCUUUGGAGAUGAGCCAUAACCGUAUCGCCGAGAACCUUGGGGAUGUCCAGAUUAAUGACAAGAUCACCAUCUCAAAGAACUUCAAGGAGAAUGUGAUUCGCCCCAUCCUGAAAGCUCACUUCCGGAGAGAUGAGUUUCUGGGACGAAUCAACGAGAUUGUCUACUUCCUCCCCUUCUGCCAUUCUGAGCUCAUCCAACUAGUCAACAAGGAACUGAACUUCUGGGCCAAGAGAGCCAAGCAAAGGCACAACAUCACGCUGCUCUGGGACCGGGAGGUGGCAGACGUGUUGGUCGACGGCUACAAUGUGCACUAUGGCGCCCGCUCCAUCAAGCAUGAGGUAGAGCGCCGUGUGGUGAACCAGCUGGCGGCUGCCUAUGAGCAGGACCUGCUGCCGGGGGGCUGUACUCUGCGCAUCACUGUGGAGGACUCAGACAAGCAGCUACUCAAGAGCCCUGAACUGCCCUCACCCCAGGCUGAGAAGCGUCCACCCAAGCUGCGACUGGAGAUCAUCGAUAAGGACAGCAAGACCCACAAACUGGACAUCCGGGCACCACUACACCCUGAGAAGGUGUGCCACACCCUCUAGCAUCUACCUACCUGCCUAUCCAUGCCCUCAACAUUUAAUAAAGGCCCCUCGGCUGUGGCAUGGCAACCGACCUACCUUCCCCUCAUGGCUCUCGCUCCUCUCCACUCAGCCUAAGGCCUCUUAACCUCCUCACAGCCCCUGGAAGACCUCUCCUCAGUCCCAAAGUCAAAAGCAGGAAUUAAUGCCCUCCCCUGGCCCCUUUGUCGUGGGCCCCAAACCUGCUAACAAGUCUCCAGGAGAGGAGCUGCCCCUCCACCCCUUCAAGGCAGGGAGGGGAGGGAGGUCCCUUAUCUCUAUCCUUCAGCGUGAUCCCCGAGCCCCAUAGUCUCUGGAACUUGAUCAUGUUUCCUGGAAGCUCAGAAGUAUGGCAGCUAAGAACAGAUCUGGCUGGAAGAAGACAGCGACCAAACUGUGACCUGCCACCCUCUGCUGGCCUUCAUGCAGCUGAGUCCCCAGAAUGUCUCCACAGAGAGUGGAGAAAGAGUGCAGAGGCCCAGACACAGAGGUUCUGCAGUUUAGGGUAUAGCCACCUCUUUCCCGUGCCCUAAAAUCCAAGGGGUAGGGACCCAUAGAGCCCUUCCCCCUUCCACUGCCAUAUCAUAGCUACCCCUCACCCUUCAUUCUGGGGUCAGAAUAGACCAUGUUUCUCCAGCUGUGGAACUAGGCCAGCAUAGGGCCCCUCCAGGAGGAAGGCUGGCUGGGUCACUCCCCUGCUCUACUCUGGGCCUGGACAACAGUACCAAAUGAGCAGGCAAGCUCAGCUCUGCGGGGGGACUGGCAGCAUAGACAUUGGGGAGCUGUAGGGGGAGAGAUCAUGGGGUCAGGCUCUACCCUGUCUGUGCUACGGUCCCGGCUCAGUUAGCCUGGAAUACACAGCUCCCCCAUGCAGUCUGCGUGUUAAUCACUAAGCAGAGUAUCUGCACACCAUCCCCCAAGGGCAUUCCACAGACCAGCCGUGUUUCAACCUCAACUUAGCAGGGCACAGCAAGGCCUGGUGCAUCCUUGGGCACCAUCUGCAGUAGCCACCAUUGAUGACCCUCCCAUCACCCUCCCCCUGCAGGGCCGUUGUGGAACCCUCCUUUGGUGUUAGCUAAUCUCUUUCAGGAAGCAGAAAACGGGGGCAGGAAUCAAAGUCCCAUGAGUGAUGGAAGACUGUCAUAACAAUAUGGUGGUAUGAGGCAGUCAGAAGCCAGGACAUGGGCUCCAGCAGAUGCUCCAGCAAUCAGGUCUGGUCCCUCCAGGAGCUGUGUCUGCUGCUCCCUACCUCAGUGACUGCUGUUCUUUUAUAUUAUUAUUUUUUAAACUUCUUAUUUUGAAAUAAUUUUUGACUUAACAGAAAGUUGCAAAAAUACUAGAGUUCCCGUAUACCCUUCACCUAAUAGCUUCUCCUAAUGUUAACAUCUUACAAAAUCGUAGUAUAAUUAUUAAAACCAGGAAAUUAACAUUGAUACGGUAUUACUAACUAGUCUGUAGACAUUCAGAUUUUGCCAGUUUUCCUCCUGAUGUCCUUUUCUGGUCCAGGAUCCUGCAUUGCAUUUUGUUGUCAUGUUUCCUUCAUCUCCUUCAGCCAGUGACAGUUCCUCCAUCUUUCUUUCCCUUUCAUGACCUUAACUCUUUUGAAAUGUCCAGGCCAGUUAUUUUGUUGAGUGUCCCUCAAUUUGGGUUUGUCUACUGUUUUCACGUGAUUAGAUGGAGGGUCCACAUUUUAGUGAGACUACCCCAGAGGUGAUCUGUGCCCUUCUCAGUGCCUCAGACAGAGUGGGGGGUGAUGUUACCUUUGAUCACAUGGCUGAGGUGGUGUGUGCCACGGUUCUUCACGGUAAAAUUACUGAUUUCCCCUUUGAAAUUAAUAAGAAUCUUAUGGUGAGUUACUUGGAAGCUGUGCAAAUGUCUUAUUUAUCCUUAGAAUUUUGCCCACUGAUAUUAAGCAUCCAUCUUGCUUACAACAAGUAUUAAUGUUGUAUUUGCCUAAUGAUGACUUUCUAUUUCAUUAUUCAUCUGUAUUUAUUAAUUGGUAUUCUACUAUAAGAAAAAGCUGUCUCUUUUCCCCCAUUUAUUUAUUCAAUUAUUUAUUUAUAUCAGUAUAAACUAAUGGAUAUUUGUUUUAUUCUGUGGAUUGUAAUCUAAUGCUAAUGUAGUUAAUAUUGUUGCUCAUACUGACCUAGUUUGGCCAUUGGGAAUGCUUUCAAGUUGGCUCCUAUGUUGUUUCAACAUUGCCUCCAUCAUUUUUUUUAAUACACUUCCUUAUAGUAAGUAAAGCACUUCCUUACUUUCUGGCACCACAAGAUGUUCCAAGCUCACUCAUAUUUUUCCUGUCCCUGCCUUGACAUCAGCCGUUUCUCCAAGCAGCUCUUGGUUUCUUUUAUUCGAGAGUGGUACUUAGAAACCAAGAUGUGGGCACUGGGUGUGUGUAUUGCUACUGGUGUGUCAUUGCUUCUAGGCCCUUUCAGCACACAGGGCUAGGAAAUAUAUGUAUGUAUGUUAACACAUGCAUCACACAUAUGUAAAUUUAUUAUUGUAUUUAUCUAUCUAUUAUUAAAAACCAUGAGUUCGUAUUGAUACCUACAAUUCCAAUCCAGUACCACAAGGUUGGUAACUGCCAUUAUUAUGACUUGACUAUUCUUUUUCCACUUCUCCCUCUCCUGCUGUCUCUUUCUUCUCCUUUCACUCUUUGGUGUUCAGAUUUCCCUUAGAGGUUCUAAUUAAGUCAGUCAGUGACCAUCCUGUGUGGAACAUUCCUACUGGAUAAAGUUCUUAUGCCUGGCUGUCACUCCCUUGGUUCAAUCAACUGUGGCAAGAGCCAUAGGCAUAUAACUCAAAACCAGAUAACUUUUAUACAAGAAAACCCAGUGGCCAGCUUUCUGAGAGGAGGGUAGGGGACAGGGUGGACCUUCAGGUUCUGAGGAACUUAAGUAUCACUUCUUGGGAUUCUUAGCUAGACCUCCUAAGUGAUGUUGGACCCCUAUCUUAUGCUUCCAUAGCAUCCUAGGCAAUACUUGGUUCACUUGCGUUACUCGUUCUGUGUCACUAGAAUGUAAGCUCCAGGAGGGCAGAUACCCAACUGUUCAGCUCACUGUCCUAUUCAUAGAACCUGGCACAGUGCCAACACAUGACGCAUGUUCCAGGUAUUUGGAUGGAUGGGUGGGCCCUGUGGUAAGCACAGAUUUUCACAGUGGGUCCCAGGACAGAACAGUAUCAUUUGUUCACUGAGCACACAUUUCUUUGUCAUGUGCUUGUGGCCAGGCAGUAAGACCUGCCAGGAUUGGACCCCUGAGCAAAUGGGGCAAAGUAAGACCCAGACACGUUAUUGAGUAUCCUGGAAUACACGAGGUUGGACUUGGAAAUGGAAAUGUAACACCUGUAUUGUUCAAAAAGAAAACUCAAAGAUGUAUAGUGAUUGUUUUAGAAAUUUAGAAAAAAACACAUUCAAACCAUAAGAAAAUAGAAAAUGGAUCAAUAAAGAUAAAACUCAAAGUUAACCAAGUAGGAAAAAAAAAAAAGGAGAAAGGAUAAAUAGAAAAAUGAUUCUUUGAAAACACUAAUAAAAUAGAUAAAAUGUUCUCAGCCUGAUAAAAGGAAAAAGAGCAAAAAAAAUACAAGGUUAGGAAUGAGAAAUCAGAUGUAACCAUAUAUAUAGAAGAAUUCAAAAUAAUUUUAGGAGAACUCUAUGGCAACAAAUUUGAAAACAGCAAAUAGAUAAUUUCCUAGAAGACACUGACCCAAGAUAUAGUUCGAAUAGACCAAUUAAUUACCAAAGAAGAAAUUGCAAAGUGAUUAAAAAUUUAUCCUUUUAAAAGAUUGUGUUCUUUUAUUUAAACUUUUUUAUUGAGAUAUAUAUGGAAAAGUGCACAAAUCACAAGUGAAUUAUUACAAAGUGAACACCAGCACUGUAGCCAUCACCCAGCUCAAAAAAUAGAUGAGUUGUUAUUUUUAAUUAUGUACACUGCUUCAGACCAUGGGAAAAGAUGGAAAGAAGCUCAGUUGAUUUUUAAAGCCCCACUUAAGAUUCAUACUUACACCCUAAGGUGCCAAAAAGAAUGCCGUAGCCUAAUCUCACCUGUGUCUGUAGAUGCAAAAAUUCCAAAUAAAGUUGAAUUGUACACGGUGAUCACAUAAGAUUUAUUUCAGCAAUGCGAGCCUCAGUAUCAGGAAAUUUACUAAUAUAAUUCAAUACAUCAAGAACUUGAUUAUUUAAAUGUCUAUAGAUUAAUAUUAAUGUUAAUUUUCUUAUUUUGAUAAUAUUUCUUGUAUGAUUACGUAAGAGGAUGUCCUUGUUUUUAGGAAAUAUGCAUUGAGGUGUUUAGAGGUUAAAGGUAAAAACAAUUUGUGGACGUUUCAGGAAACUUUACAUUAUAUAUGUGCACAUGCACAUACAUAUGUAUAUACACACACAGAAUGAUAAAAGUAAAGUGUUAGCAUUUGGGAAAUCUGAGUGAAGAGAAUACAGAAAUUCUUUGUAUUGUUUUUGCAACUUUUCUGUAAGUCUAAAAUUAUUUCAGAAUAAAAUUUUUAAAUGAAAGGAGAUAGAACAUUUUAUCAGUAUAUGCUGAGAAAGCGUUUGAUGAAAGUUUACAGCUUUACAUAUGAUUGGAUAAAAUUAAAACUCUGAGUAAAAGGAAAAGAAACUAUUCAUCAAAAACCAAUAGCAAACAUCAUUUUUCAUUGUAAAUACUAAAGCUCUUUCUAUUAAAGUCAAAGACAAGACUCAACAUUGCUUUGAAAAUUCAAGUGAAACCAGUUAGGCAAGAAAACUAAAUAACUGGUAUAAAUAUUGGAAAAUAAUGUUAUCUUGUUUUGCUGAUGUGUAUUUAGGAAAUCCAAGAGGCUAUAGUAAAACUCAUUAGCAUUAAUAAGGAAAUUUGGUAAGUGUCUGAAUAAAAGAUAAAUGUGCAAAAAUCAAUAGCUUUUUUCUAUUCUAGCAAUAAUCAACUAGGAACAAUAAGAAAGGGAAAGUAUUCCAUUCACAAUUGCAAUACAUAGGUGUAUAUAUUUGCUCAUAUAUACGUAAAAUACCUCUGGAAGAGAGGUGAGUUGGGUAGAGAAAGGGGAUAGCAAGGAGGGAAAAUUCACUAUGUUAGUUUUUAUACUUUUAAAUUUUGAAUUAUAUUAACAUGUUACCUAUUCAAAAUUAUAAAAUAAUAAAUUUAACAAGAAAAGAAAAUCAUAUUGAAGAGCAUAAAACAAGAUCUGACCAAUGAAAAGACAUACCAGGUUCUUAGAAAGAAUGACUUAAUAAUAUCAUUAAAAUAUCAAUUCUUAAUAUAUAAUUUAGUGCAAACCUAAUUAGACUCAACAGCAUUUUAAUUUAAUAAAAUUAACUAAAGUCAUGUUACACUACAAUGUCCAGAGGUGAAGCCAUAUGGAGCUACUGUUUUCUGGAUCUAGGCUCUCAGGAGAUACAAGUCACUACUCCUGUCAGUUACUACUGUUCCAUCCUGAUAGUAUGCGAACUACAGAAUAAGUAAAUUUAACUACCAUCAACACACACCCUAAAUACAGUUAUGAGAGAAAGGAAAGAGAAGAGUUAUUGUGUGUGACUGGAGUGUAGACUAUACAGGUGUGGAGAAGAGGAGAGGUGGUGGAAAAUGAAAGUAGAGAGGCAAGUUUCCUGAUUCCAUAGUGCCUCGAAUGCCAUGCUAAGAGAGUGAAAUCGCCACAUUUGUAUUUUUAAAAAGACCAUUUGAUUGCAUUGUGCAGAAUGGUUUGGGGUGACUUCUGACUGAUAUACAACAGACAGAGUAGUUACAGGUAAACUCCCUUCCCACCUCAAACAUAGAAAUAUUGAAUAAUAUGUAACAGCAACCAAAAAAAAGUUGAACACACAGCUGGGCUUGAAACUAAAAAUGGGAAAUCCCAAGGUGCUGGAGAUGAAUGAGAACCCAAAAGUCAGAAGGUGUGUGAGAGUGGAGGUCAAGGAGCUCAUAGAGACUUGAGACCAAUCUAUAGGCCUAAUGGCUGAAUGCUAGGGCUUCAACAUUGAGACGAGUCUCAAAGGACCACUUCCUUAUGAACCGAAGACUAGAAAAACACUACUCAUUGACCUGGGAAUCAAGAGGGAAAUACAAGAAAGUCUACCAUCACUCAGAGAUGUAAGAAAGAGUCACCUAUGAAGAAACUAACACAUUUGAUGUUUGUGAGAGUGUGGUCCAAAUUCACAAUACCCAAAUGUUAGUGGGAUGUCAAGAUGAAAAACUAACAAAAAGCUGGUCCUGGGCCCAUGAAACCUAUAGGAUCCCAUAGAAGCAAACACGAAAUUGUUCUGUAAGGAUAUUCGUGUAAUCAAGUUUUCACAAAGGAACCUGUGGAAAACGAAUCCUAUUGAAAAUGAGCUUACAGGGAAAACUUACAGGAAAAAAAAAAAGAAGAAAGAGAGGAAGAAAGAAAAGAAACAAACCCCCAUGAAGGAAGGGAAAGUCAGCAGAUGCAAUAAUGGGAGAAUUUGCACUCCAAGAAGUGUAAUAAAAGAAUCUGAAUUUAAAAGAAGUAUGUUUAAAAUGUUCAGAGAAGGGAAGACUAGAAAUCAUAAGACAAGAAAGGACAGUAUGAAAAAAGAAUAGGUGAAUUUGAAAACCAUUUAGGUGGUUUCCUCAGAUUUAUUUUCAUGUUUUUUAUAUUUCAACAAUUUUCUCUCUUGUUCAGAUCCUAAUUGAUUUGGGUAUUAGAUACUAGCACUGCUAAGGAAUCAAAUUCUUCAAGAACAAAGAUUUGAGUCACUGGGCAAAGAACCCUAACGAUCAAAGGAGCUGACCUAGGACAAGGGGAAUAUGGAAUGAGUAGAGUAGGAGGGAAGUCACCAGUGUGUCACCCCCAGGGCCAUGAUCAGUUGCAGAAAUAAGGAAUGUAGCCUUGACUGCAAUCCUGGAACUAUUUGCCCACCAUCCUCUAAAAGUU